AACAUUCUAUGCGACCCUCUUUGGUUCAGUGUCCCAUUGACGUUACCGCAGCAUAUUCCGCGGCGUCUCUAAAUUAAGCAUCAAACGUCAACCGGCGAUGGGAGGGUGCCCGGAUCAAAAUUUGGACUUCUAGACCAAAGAGAUGCACGCCUUCGGAGGGGUCACGCGUUGGCCGCGAUUGAGACUUUUUGUGGCGCACAUGGACGACCUCGCAGCAGAUGUUUAGAUUGUAUUCUAUUCAUUGUACUCCCAAGAAAACGGCCUGGCUGGCCCAGAUCAACUUCACAUGGAGGGAUCCCACUGUGGGAGGUGUGCACAUGGAAUACAAAGCCCAUGCUUGCCCGAGUCCAUUCCUCUCAGGGUUAUUUCCCACAGCCUCCUGAAGCAUUGUAUCCACAAGGACUUCUCCCGGUUUAUCCAGGACCCCUCACGGACGAAAUGAGGACAUCUAUGCGCUGAUUUUUUAACUACACUACAGACAGUUUUUUUCUAUUCUAAGGAUUUUGUUGUUGUUGCUACAAUCAGGAUUUCUCUGUGGCGUGAGCCCCUUUGUGUCCAAAAAGGUUUUACACAGAGAGGAUUUGCUUCGCCGGCUGUUGCGCCCAGCUGCUCCGUGGGGACGGGCAGUAAUGGCAGCCGGUCGCCCGGAGGCACAGGACCACCCGCCCGAGAACGGCUUCACCCCAUUGGAUCACCCGCCACCCAGGCUGCUACCGCAUAUCGACGGCUCGGUUCUUCCGUCUCUCGGGGGGUUCGGGAGGCACCAGAAGCAGCUCGUAGUCCUGACCUGGAUACCGGCAUUGUUCAUCGGCUUUAGCCAGUUCUCGGAUUAUUUUCUCCUGGCACAGCCAAAUGGCACGUGUUUGCAACCUUUGGCGAACGACACCAAAUUGAACGUGGAAUCCUAUUCGGUACCUAGUACCGAAGAUGCAUCCGCGUUUCAACUCCAGUCCAACGGAACCGGGGAUGAAUACGGCGACGGCAGUGGAUUACUGUGCGCCUGCAAGGAGAGGACAUUGGAGCUCCACACGGGGCUUAGUCAGAAUGUGGUUACCAAGUGGAACUUGGUGUGUGAUUCAGCCUGGAAAGUCCAUAUUGCCAAAUUUUCUCUUCUUGUGGGUUCCAUAAUAGGCUACCUAGUGAUGGGUGUCAUGGCCGACUGGUUCGGUCGACACCCAGUGUUGAUUCUCUCUGUGCUCUUCAUGCUGGUGUUUGGUUUGAGUGUUGCCUUCUCUAUAAAUGUCACCAUGUUCAGCACCUUGCGUUUCUUUGAGGGUUUCUGCUUGGCGGGCCUCGCUCUCUCUCUCUACGUGCUCAGGGUUGAGCUUUGCUUGCCUGCCUGGCGUUUCUCCAUGACCAUGGUGGCCAGUUUCCUGAUGGUCGGAGGACAGCUACUGAUGCCCGGUGUGGCUGCUUUGUGCCGCAAUUGGCCACAUCGAGAUGACUGGCAGGUCCUGCAGAUCGUUAUAAUAAGCCCUUUCGUGUUGAUGUUGCCCUACGUCUGGAUUUUUCCUGAAUCAUUACGGUGGCUGUUGACCACCCAGCACUACAGACGCUCAAAAACUAUGAUGCUGCGCAUUGCAAGAAAGAACCAGAUUGAUUUGGCAAGCGAACCUAGCGGAGUUUUCACAGAGCUAGAACAGGAGCUGCACAAGAAACCGCACAGAACCUGCAUCGUGAAAAUGAUGAGCACAAGGAACCUGUGGAAAAACAUUGUGGUUCUGUGUGUCAACUCGCUGACAGGAUACGGGAUACACCACUGCUUCGCUCGCAGUAUGAUGGACCCCGAGGCCCAACCCACUGCUUUGUGCCACACAGACUACUACACCAUGGCCGGCAUCGCUGUGGCAACAUGCUUGGCACUGUGCCCCAUGGUCGGACUCAUGGGUCGACGAGGAGGGCUUCUUACCUUCAUGAUCAUCACGGCCCUUGCAUCACUAUUGCAGCUAGGCUUGCUCAAUUUGAUUGGAAAGUACAGUCUUCGUCAUGAUACAGUUCUGCGAGAUAGCCUAAAAAGGAAAUUCUCUGUGGCCUUCUCCAUCAUUGGCAUGUUCUCUUCUCAUGCUGUCAGCACUCUCAGCAUCUUCUUUUGUGCUGAAAUCACACCAACUGUUAUCAGGGGCGGGGGUCUAGGCCUGGUGUUGGCUAGCGCUGGCUUUGGGAUGCUCACUGCGCCCAUCAUGGAACUCCACAACCAGAAGGGCUACUUCCUGCAUCAUGUGAUCUUCGCAUGCUGCACGCUGCUGUGCAUCAUUUGCCUGCUACUGCUCCCCGAGCCGCGGGGUCAGCCACUGCCCGAGACCCUGGCCGACGGAGAGACGUUCACCAGGCAAACAUUGCUCCAUCCGGGCGAGCAGCACCUUCUUCUCGCCAAGAGCGACAGGGACUAUUCCCGCGUGCACGACACGCCCCUUCACAUGUCCGCCACGGGCGGCGCUACUGUUGCAGCAGCCACCGCUCUGGCAGCGGUACCUGCCUCAUACUCCUUGGCGACUGGUGGUGAGGUGAUUGGCAACCAUGCAAUGGCCAAUGGGGUUUGAGCAUAACUGCAAUGAGUUGCUCUGCAAUUAAUUCAAGGCCAUUUUAAUUUGUAAUUUAACUAUUUUGAAGGGAACAACUACUCGUUAUAAACCAGAUGAUCUUUACACAAAGUGAGGUUGGAAUACUGACGAGAGUAACUUUCUAAUUUGUAGGAAAAUGAUCAAUUCAAGAAUUGCCAAAAUGUAAAGUGGUGUGAUAAAGUUUGGGCACCCCUGACAAUUUCAAAUAUUCCUUUUGUAAAUCACGGGGUGUUUGGAUCAGCAACUUUGUUUCUACAACUGAUGGACAGAGUAAUAUUUCAGAAGUGAAAGCGAUUUUUAUGGUCUAACAGAAGAGCACAAUGUGCAUCAAAACAAAAUUAUACAUGUGUAUUUGUAAUUUGGGCUCCCCAACAGAAAAAAUAUUCAGUAGAUCUAUCUGUUGCCAUACAAACAACUUCUAGUUGUUUAUUUGGACUUAUAAAAUGUUUCUGAAUAGAAUUAUUUUGGACCAUUCCUCCUUACAAAACAUCUCCACUUCAGUUGAAUUUGAUGAUCGGCAAGCAUGGACAGCCGCUUUAGAUCAUCCCACAAAUUUUCAACAAUAUUUAGGCCUUGCGCAUUCGCGGAGGCCAGGCCCUCCUGGUGGCCAAAAAGUUUCAUAGCUUGCAAUUGACUUUCCAAUAUAUGAUUUAAAAAUUAAAAGUUUUCCGGUAAAAUAUUGUCUAUAAAAGUCGUAAAGCAAUAAAACAAACAACAAAAACGAAUGAAAUGAACAAAUAUAUAUAUAUAUAUAUAUAUAUUGGGUCAAAAUGAUUUUUUUAUCAGAUCAUGUGACUAGCACCUUAAACGUCAUUUGCUUUGCUUAGCCAAAACCACCCGAUGACCGAAGAAGCAAGAUGGAUACACGUAAUUUUUUCAAACCUAAGCUUUCAAAAGCGACAACAACUACAGAGCAAGAACCAAGGAUUGUAAAUAUGGACCAUGAAACACCAGAUAGCACCGCCAAAAUGGUGAGUGGAGUUUCAAUUUGCCCCACCAAAGACUCUUUUUGUACAACUGAGCCAUCACCGCUGUCUUGCCACUGUAGUUACCCCCGUCAAAAAUUGUAUCCUCUGGCCGCGGGAGCGCAUGCACACACAUUAGUUAUGAGUUAUGUUAACUUAAACAAUUAUUUGAAGCCGGAAAAGAACCACAGUUAUAUAUUUUGGACAUCAACGUUUAUUAAACUGGACAAACUCCAUACAGGACAUGAAUAACAGUAAUAACAGUUGUAGGUUAUCCUACAAGUCAAACAGUAAAACGUUACUUUUUUUUACAUUCAAUACACGUUACGUUAUACGACAGAAAUAAAAGCUUUUUUUUUUUUUUUUUUUUUUUUUUUUUUAUGGAUGGGCCAUGUUUUAAAACCUCGUAGAUAACUACAUCACAAAAACACGGAAAUGAAGCAAAUCAAUGCAGCGCAGUGGCUCCGCCUUCCCUGAAUGCACUAUAGUGGCUCUGCCCAGGGGAUACAAUUUUUGACGGGGGUAACUACAUUGGCACGACACCGGCGGGCAGAGGCGUAGCAAGGGUCCCCGGGGGCCCCAGGCAACAAGCAACAUGGGGCCCUUCGAGCGUGUGCAAGUAAUCGGGACAGUUGGACUUGGAGCAAUAGAAGAAAGACUAGCAACACAAAAAUACCACCAUCGGAUGCGGAGGUAUUUAUACCUUUGUGCGAAAUCAGUAGUCAGAUUGGCCCUACGACCCACCAAAUUCAAAUUAUUCCCUAAAAACCAGUGAUUGGUGGACUACCGACAAAAUGAGUACUAAAUUUGCUAAUAAAAUAGUUUAGGAUUAUUUUAGAUGCAUAUAUGUUAUAUUCUUCUUAUAGAGUAUUCGACGAGGAAUACGAUAGGCCCAUUAAUACUUUUUUUGGGAAAAAUCCCCAUUUGUUUAAGUAGUCACAUGAAUAAUGAGGUGGCCUGUGAAAAUCAACGUAAAACAACUCGAUAAGGACUUUCCAGAGAGGACUUGGUGAAUCAGUCUUUAAACAAUCAUGUGGUAUUAAUAGCUGAUUGGACUUUCUUAAACAUGUAUAAUCUAUGUGACAUGGUUAGUGCUGAUUGGGAUUGAUAACAGAAUGGUUAGAUAAUCUGCGAAAUGAUUCCAUGGUAUUGAAACACUCCCUACACUUGUCGCAGCGACAAGUGUAGGGAGUAAAUCUGUGUGUGCUAAAUCUGUUGGGCCUCUGGGGGCCCCUGCUGGCCGGGCGCCCUAGGCAAUUGCCUGGUUUGCCUAAUGGGACGCGACGCCUCUGCCGGCGGGCGUACCAUAUUCAAUGGAUUCGAUCUUGGUGAAAAGUUUAGCUGUCCUAAGCAGCCUGAUUUAGAAUUCCCAUCAAGAAUGAUGGGAAACAAAAAACAGUCAUUGAUUUUAUUGCUGACACUGUGUUUCGGGGUCAUCAACAUGUUGUGCCCUCCCUGCCCCAACAGUCAAACUCUGCCUACGGCCUUGUGAAGUGUAUGGCCCUUCUAGAACAUUGCACUUACUCCUUUGUAUAAAUACUACAGUAGAUUUUGAGCAAUGUUAGGGGUCUUUCUUUAAAUAUGUAGCCCCCAUGUUACUUCAACGUUGUGACUUUGUUAUAACAUUAUUCAUUGCUGAUAAUACCAGGAUUAGCCACAGCAGAAUGAUGGGUCCACCAUCAAAUUUUACUCUGCUUAGCAAGUGGUUUUCUUAGAAUGCAGUGUUCUUUUCAUCACCAUACCGCACCACAAAUAACUCUUUGUUUCAUCAGUCCACUUUACACUUUUCCAAAAUGAAGGAAGCUAUCUUAUUCAAAUGUUCUUUUUUUAUCCCUCUACCGGUGUUUGUGGCAUGUGUGCAGAAAAGGUUUUUGACAAAUCACUCUCCCGUACGGCUUCUCCUUGUGCAAAGUGAGCUGAAUUGUUGAGCAAUUAUAUCGUCUGAAGCAAAAUGAUGUUGUGGUUUUUCGGUGGUGGUCUGUGGUUUGUCUAUGACCAUUCACAACGUAUUCUGCAACGCCAUCUGAUAUUUUUUUUGCCCUGCCACUGCUGGCCUUACUAAGAAUUGUGUGAGUGGUCUUCCAUUUCUGACCCCUCGCAAAAAGUAUGGAAUCACCAGUCUCGGACGAGCACUCACUCAGACAUUUUAUCAUGUAGAACAAACUAAGAUAAAAAUACAGAUUCUUGACCUUUGACACCUUGUCCAAUGCAGAUUCUUGACUCUUGACAAGGUGAUGAUGCUGGAACUUUUGUUUGGUGCUGUUCCAGUGAGAUUUACAAAGAGGACUGCCUGAGGAAAACAUCAAAAUUCCCUCAGUCCUUGAUGAUAUAGGGCUGCAUGUCAGGCAAAUGCACUGUAGAGAUGGCUGUGGUUAAAUCUUCAAUAAAUGCACAAGUUUACAUUGAAAUUUUAGACCACUUUCUUAUCUCUUCAAUUAAAAAUAUGUUUGUCAUUUUCCAAGAUGACAAUGCAUCAUGUCGCAGAGCUAAAACUGUUAACGCAUUCCUUGGAGAAAAACUCAUCCAGUCAAUGUCAUGGCCUGCAAAUAGCCCAAAUAGCCCAAAAUAGCUCAAAAAUUGAAAAUAAAUAAAUAAUAAUAAUAAUUUGAGAAAAAUGGUCUACAACAAGGCUCCAACCUGCAAGGAUGAUCUGGCAACUGCAAUCAAAGAGAGUUGGCACCAAAUUAAUGAAGAAAACUCAUCAAGUCCAUGCCUCAGAGACUGCAAGCUGUCCUAAAAGCAUAGGUGGUGCUACUAAAUACUAGAGAUAUGUUUUGAUUGUUAUUUUGUUUCUCAUGAUUCCAUAUUUUUUUCCUCAGAAUGAAGUGAUUCCGUAUAUAUUUCCCUGCACUUGCUUUAAAAAAAGUAACAUUUACUGACCACCUCAAUGUUUUUUAUUCAUUUCUUUUAGUGUUUCUGAAUGCUAAAGAGUUGCCCUUUUGAAGUAAUUCAUUAUUUUUGCUAACUUUUAAUCCGAGUUUGUUCUACAUGAUAAAAUGUCUGAGUGAGUGCUUGUCCGAGACUGGUGAUCCCAUACUUUUUGCUAGGGGUUGUAUAUCCCUCACAGUGGAAACUGGCAGCUGUUUUUUUUAGCCUCACUUAAACCGUGAUCUUUUCAUUCCGGUCAUUUGAGAGAUUUUUUGAUGCUCCUAUGUUGUCAUUCAAAGAAUUUUCUCAUGAUUGCAUGCAUCUUUCAAUAAGGUUUAGGGAGGCCUGAUAAGCUCGCAUGCCAAUUCUGGUCUCCAUUUCACCAGUGCUAAUAAGUUACAGGUAUUCAAGUCAACAAAAAACAAUUUUUUUCACCUAUUAAAUUUUGUUUUAAUGCAUGUUGCACAGCUUCCCUUAGUUCAACACGCCUAGUUUAAUUUCUGAAAUGUUACUCCGUCCAUCAAAACGAAGUUUUUUAAUCAAACACCCAAUGAUUUAUACAUUAAAAUAAUGGACAUUGUCAGGGGCACCCAAACAUUUUCAUACCAAUGUUAUUACCUGACUUGCAUUCAUCAGAGGUCUCCUGUGGUGCACUACUGUUGACUCUUAUGAGUCUUUCCCAGGUCAAAGGAGCUGAUGAAGGCAAAUAGAGCAGCUAUCUAUAUGUACUCAGUGUUUUAGUUGCUAUUUUCUAAUAGUUUAUUUUGCACUAGAACACAAUCAAGCGUCUAUUUCAGCCAACACAUUGCAUAUGCAGGGAUUGGCUCAACCACUAUCACUGUUAAGCAUGAACGGGCACAAAGUUUUACAUGUUAUUUUUCUUAUUAGUGGUCCACGUCGGCACUUUAUCCUCUAAGGGGAAGGAAGCAUAGACGCUGAUUUUAGAAUGAACAUUAGAGCUGUCGGUGAAGGUGUAUGAUGGUUGUAGUGUAUGUGCAACCGGAAACCUUGGUGCACUGUAUGUGUCACCAUCAGACUGCCGAUAAUGUGAAACAGUCAUGAGAGUUGAAUGGACGUUGACGUGAUCUUAUAUAGGUCUUAUGAUGCGUCUCAACGUUUGCAAUGGCUUUAUCAGUCAUUUCGGACAUUUUGUCAUGCUACCCAAUUUUGCCACUAGAAUUACGUCCAUCACUAGCAAAUAUCCUUCUGUAUGUUUCACACUCUGUGUUCUGUACUGUUGUAAUGAUGUAAAUCUGUUCCUAUGAUAACACUGGAGAACAACGAUUUUUGUUGAGUUAGGUCUGACAGCUGUAUCUACUUAGUAUUUGGGUGCAGAAUCCAAAACUGAUCUCAGUUGUUCUUCAUCACGUCAUGUUUUUGAACUGUAGGAUCCUACUUUUCUUAAUGGGAAACUUGUAGGAUCUAAUAGGCCACAACAGUUCUCUUUUGCUAAAAUAUGUUAUUCGAAACACAUCAAAUAUUGCCAUUGAUUUAAAAAUCUAUUAUAUUUAGUACAAGUUUUGACCUACGGAGGGAGCCAUAUUUUGUGCGUGCAAUGGACGCUCUGGAUGAUAACAUAGUUUGUCACUCACUAGACGAACAUUACCGGUCUUCUGCAAUUCCUUCUACACAGCGAGACGUCCAACACAUGCGCACAUCGGUUAAAACCGUCGAGUACUUACUAAUUGUGUUUUUAUUGAGUCUUUCAUUACAUGUUCAUUGCCUCAAAAUCCUUUUGCAUGUAUUUCCCAAUCAUAUUUUUAAGCAUUAUGUUUUCUUAUGGUGGCUUUAAAGCAGAUUGUUGAUCUGUUGACCACAUUAGUCACGUAGCAUAUUUAAACCACCCUUAUUUGAUAUUACUACAUUUAAGUAAUUUCUUCAGGCAUCUUUAGUAUGUUCUCUCUGUAUGCAUCUAAACAAACCAAGCUGAAAGCGCACGGUAGUAAUUUGGGUGUCAAAUUUUGCUGCGUCACCAGUAGGUAGAUGAGGAGACAGUGUAAAGCGCUUUAAGGGCCUUAAAAGGUGGAAAGGGGCUAUACAAGUGUAACACCAUUUACCAAAUUCGACUCUUUUAGAACUUUUCACAGGUGUAGCAUAUUCCAGUUUUGUCAUACUCUCGUCUUAUCCCGUCUUUCCUGUUCAUUUUGCUCUUGCUGCUCGUUUUGUGAAGUAUCAACAGUGCUGUCAUGCUCAUUAAUGUUCCUCUCGGGUUCAAAUUGAAAGGGUUGAACAGAUGACAUGUUUAUGUCGCUAGUAAUACUCUUGAAGCCCGGCAGCGUAACCAUGUGACAUCACGAUCCUGCGACGUCAACAACAAUGACGACCUACAAGUUCAACUAAUUUUACAAAUUGUAUAAAGGGGUUUCAAUAUUAUGAGUUAACUCAUAAUAACGUUUAUCUACAAAGAACUACAAGUCUUGCUAUCCGUGGAUCCCUUUAAAAACAUUAAGAAUACUCUUAACGAUGUGCUUAAAAAAAAAAAAAAAAAAAUCAAAUAUUCACCAUGAAAAUUUUGAAAUAUAAAAGUAACAGGUAUGACUGCCACAUUUAACAAUUUUUUUUCCCUCACCAAGGAUAUAGCUACUGAGUGCAUGUAGUAACAACGUAGAAAGUAAGUUAGCUGUGGACAAAAAAACGACGUUCUAGAAUAAAACUGACAGCAAUUUUGGAAUCUGCCAGCCAAUUUUAGUUUCAGACAGCAUAAAAACCUAACUCGACAGAUUUUUUUCUUUCAUAUUGUUCCAUAUUAGUCAAAAAGCACAAUUACAAUAUAUAUUAGUGAUCAUAGAGCAGUUUGCCUAGAACAGGGUUCUCAGUGAUUAGUGUUUUAUUCAUAUUGGAAUCCCUUAGUACUGCAUAUAAGGUGUGUUCAGGUACCAUCGCACCAAUAAUGAUGUGAUACACUCAUUCACCAUAGUUAUCAUAGUAUACAAGCACAUUACUUACAAAAAAUGUCCCACAACUAAGGACAGAUUUGUAGGAAUCCAACAUCUUCCAUGUACAUCUUUAGCAUGUAUUGUAUUUUGAACACCCUGUAUUUGAAUUUUCAACAGUUAAACUGAAAAAAAAAACAACACGACCCAGCCACCAAAAGUUUUCUAAGUCUUAUUUUUUAAUGAUGCAUUUGUACAAAAAGCCAUAGGCUUACAUGUUUUGAUAAUAAAAUCACUUAACUUAUUGUGUCAAUAAAAAGAACACUGGAUGUGACUGUGUGUGAUGGAUGUUAUUGCAACGAAAAAUAGAACAACCUGCUG